ACAUCCAGCUGUUACCGAGCAGGGAAAGCGCUGACUAGCUUAGCAAGUGGUGUAGCAUUGGCACAGUAAUGAAACCGUCUUGUGAGUCGGGAAUAGACUGGUGUUUUGUCAUGCUGUGUCCGGAGUAGUGACUGCAUCGAUUUACACCAAAGGAAUACAUUUUUACUCGACUUUCCUUCGGUCAGAGUGUUGAAACAAGGUGUGAAUGAGUGACGUGGUGCCUCCCACAGCUCUCAGUGAAGUCCAGCUCCGCUUCCUCUGCCACGAUGACAUAGAGAAUGUCAAGCUGCUCUGUGGUGAUUGGUUCCCAAUCGAGUACCCAGACUCAUGGUAUCAGGACAUCACCUCCAACAAAAAGUUCUUCUCCCUCGCUGCCACCUUCAGAGGAGGCAUCGUGGGAAUGAUUGUGGCCGAGAUCAAAGGCCGGACCAAAGUUCACAAAGAGGAUGGAGACAUCCUGGCCUCCAGUUUCCCUGUGGACACACAGGUAGCCUACAUCCUCAGCCUGGGAGUGGUCAAAGAGUUCAGGAAACAUGGCAUAGGCUCCCUACUGCUGGACAGUUUGAAGGAGCACAUCUCAACGACAGCCCAGGACCAUUGUAAGGCAAUCUACCUACACGUCCUCACCACCAACAACACUGCCAUCCACUUCUAUGAGAACAGGGACUUCAGGCAGCACCACUACCUGCCCUACUACUACUCCAUACGAGGCGUCCUCAAAGAUGGAUUCACCUACGUGCUCUACAUCAAUGGGGGUCAUCCACCCUGGACAAUAUUUGACUAUAUCCAGCACAUCGGUUCAACCCUGGCCAGCUUGAGCCCCUGCUCCAUCCCUCAGAGGCUGUACCGACAGGCCCAGUCUCUACUACGCUCUCUGCUGCCCUGGUCUAACAUCGCCUCCAAGACCGGCAUACAGUACAGCAGAACAAUGUGACGCAGCAUGGAGCACAUCUUCCUUUUCUCAUCAGUCUUCCCCUGUGCACAACAAGGUGUACACGCACACUCACAUCCUUCGUCUCCUGCGGCUUUCCACGCCCUGUGUUUGGCACAGGACUCAGGUUCGACCUGCUUUUGACCGUUCACAUGCUAGAAUAUCAUUCCAGACCCAAUACAAAUUUGGCACUGUUCACCAAGAUCCAGGUUUGCAGCUGUUGUUCUGUGCCCACCGCUACACAGGGUUGUAUCACUGCAACAUCAUCCAAGGCACAGUGUUGGUUUUCACGCUGACAGAUGGUGUGAGCUGGUAAAACCAUGGGAUUUCUUUUAAUUACUCAGUUACUAUACUAUCCCACGUAUACUUCACUGUCCCAUACUUACUAUAGUAACCUGUGUUGACCCUGUCAUACCAAAGUCAAGCAGUAUCAGACCCGCUUUCAACCCAAGCAGCAGAGCAAAGCGGAGGACCCAGUUCAGAUACACCACGUUGACACAGGUUGUAAUUUUGGUGUGAAACACAAACAUUCACACAUUCACAGGGAACCGUACAGAGACUAAAGGUUCAACCCUGCCUAUCUUUCUCUCUUCAUCCUGUCCAUCACUGUCACAGAGACUAUGUAUACUGUUUGUAUAUUAUAUAUACUAUGCUAAUAUAUGAAUUUCUCUCAAUAUGUAUGUCUAUUUUAUGCUGUCGGUAGACCUAGUAGGAAGAUAACCCAUCCUGUCCCAUUUUUGAGUAUAGAAUGAAUCCAGAGUCAAUUCCAGUUUGUAAAAUAGAGACUCAAAAAGAAGUACAAUUGUAUUGGACUGUGAAUCUAAAUAUGUUAAUAGGCCAAUAGGGUAGAAUAAAGCUAAUUAAACACUGGAAACCUUGAGACACAAUGUAGAUGGUUGAUGUAUUUAGUAGCAACUGGAGUUAGAAAGGAUUCUUCUCUUUUGAAAAUUCAGGAUGUUGUCUGAUUUUCUGUCUGCAGUAAUUAUACUAGUGACAUCAGUAUGUUACUCACAUACUGCAACACAAAGUUUACAGACACCUCACAAAUUAUGCAGUGCUGUUGGAAAGUCUUACAUAAAAAUAUGAUCAGAACUCGAAGCAACAUGGCCUUUCUACAUUGUUUACAAAUGUUUCCCAUGUAUAAUUCAUACAGGAGUGAGGGGAAGGUGGUUGGGUCCUUAUUUUAGAGGUUUUAAAUGGCUGCAGCCCUGUCUGUCUGCUCCAUGGCUGUAUAAGCGCUGCUACUGUAGAGAAAUGUCUAUUUGUUUGUCCACAUUUUAAAAUACGGCCCUGAUUAGAUUUUUAUUUUUGCCUGUAGAAGAAAUAAGAAAAAGGAAGUAAUUCUCCCAAACACACACACACACACACACACACACACACACUCACACACUCACACACGUCAUACACCUUGUGUGCCUACGUUCAUGCAGUUGUGUAUAUCUCUGUGUGUGUGUGUGUGUGUGUGUAUGUGUAUAUGCACACAUGGUCAGAAGUUAGCACCCAACAAGUGCCAAAUGUUGGUCUGGCCUGUCAGUGGAAGAUAAAUGAGUAAAGUUCACCCGACAUGUUGUCAGUGAGUAACAUUGUAGUUUCUCAGUAUGACUGUAUUCUGUUGCACCUCAUAAUGAUUUACAAGUCUGAUCCAAUGUAUCAGCGUCAACGCAUCUGUGAGCAAAUCUUAGAUUUUAUACAUGACAUAGCACUGAAAAAGGUAUGGGUAACUUUGUGAAAAUGUACAUUCAUUGUUACGAGGUGAACAUUUCUCAGUUUACCAGCCCUGGGCAGGUAGCUCAAAAGUCAACAUUGUGUAUGCAAUAAACUUGUUUCAUUUGUUUGAUUGUAAAGACUGAGUCAGUGUGACCACCCCUGCUGUAUGGCUAUUUUACUUUGUUAGAAUAUUUUCAUUGUGUCAUAUUGUCAAAAACAUGAGCCUUGCUGUCAAUCACACUAUGCCAUGAUUUCAACCGUUUGUCUUAAAGGGACACUCCAGUGAUCUAAUAUUGCACUUCCUUUAAUUAGGUGGGACUUGAGAGAGGCUGAUUGGGGGGGGGGGGGGGGGAUAUAACAAUAGAAAAUCAAAACCAGCAGAGGCUGGGAUGUCCUCACUUUUAGUAACAAGUAUGACUCAUGCAACUUGAUAGCAUCUUUGUUAGACCCACCUUGACUGUUAAGUGUGUCCCCCAGACUCCCAGUGUUAGGGCUUUCUCUCUCUCUAAACUCCAAGAUAUAACCUUGAUGACAUCAUCUUGAUGUGUAAUACUGAUGGAGUUCCCCUUUAAAUACAUUGUAAAAAGCAUCCAUUGUGUCCCUAUUACCUAAAACAUUUGGUGCCACACAAGUGCAGUAGCCUCUUUAGCAUCCUGCCAAAACAAUGCUUCUCGAGAGCAUAAUGGAAUGGGAAAAAAAAUGGUUGAUUUUCUCAUUAAGCCUCAUUCAUUUUUAAUAUUGAGUGCAUAUGAAGUGGCUUUGCUUGGUCCAGGACCAUGAGAGCUUUUCUGCACAUGAUGUGGCUUCAAUAAUUGGUUUAAAAAAAAAAAAAAGAAGCAACUUUUUGUGUUAUGAUUCCACAGCUGGGUUAUGUUCCUGUACACUACCUGCCUCGCUCUUCUGUUCAACACUGUACAUUUUGUUAUUCAGCAGACUCCUGUGGGGGGCAAGAAGAGGAGUAUGUUUGUGGCUGAAGGGGGAUUCAGGACUUGUGGGGCUCAAAGCUUUGAGCCUUUUGUAACGUCACUCAUCGUAAACUGUAUGCAGCGUUCAACUUCUGAUGUUUAGCAGCCCUGGAGAGACAAAGCAGGCCACCAGCCAGAUUUAGGCUUAUGCUUCAAUUUGAAAUAUCGGAUUCCCCAAUUAUUAUUAUCAAUAACAGAAAUAAAAUGAAGGUCUGUA